GUUGCCGAGCGAGCCCGGUGGAGAAGGUGACGUGCACGAGCUUUCAAUGUGCCGCUACUGAUGUACUAUUCAAGUUCUUGAAAUGAAAAAUGUUAAAUAUUAUAAAGUCCCAUCGUGUUCACCAACAUAAGAUCGGUACCUACUAGGAAAGAAGAAGGUUAAGGAAAGUUCAGCAAACGCGCCAUAAAGUGCCUUUGAUGUCUAUUAGAUAAGGAUUAGAGAAGAAGAAAUGGCUGCCCUUAUAGGAGACGUGCAACUUUUGCAAACUCUCGCCAUCCACACGAGCGACGUAAAUAGCGUUGACUUUGCUGGUGAUUGCAUUCUUGUCACUGGUUCCGGAGACAAGCGUGUCAGAGUGUGGGAAUGGCAACGAGGCCUUGGAUACGUGGAGGUCAGCUAUUCACCAUUAUUAGGACAUAAGUACGGUGUGACUUGUGUCAAAGUCAGCCCUCAGUUCACCAUGUUGGCGUCGGCAAGUAUAGACGGUACCACCCAACUUUGGAAUCUACGUUCUGGAACCAAGAUUCACACAAUGGUCCAAGUCGGCGGUGAGGCUGUCAGGGUAUGCAGAUUCUCCCCGGAUUCUACAUUGCUCGUAACGGCCGGAGACAACGGUCAGGUUUGUCUUUGGGAUUUGAUCCGUCGUAAUUUAAUUAGGUGUUUUCUUCGACACGAGGGUGCCGUGCAGAGUCUCUGUUUCUCACCUGACUCCUCCUGGUUGGUCACUUCUUGUACUUUUGGAGUUCUCAAACUAUUUUCAACUAGCGAAUUAAUUGAUUCCUGCAAUUCUGCCAAUCACUCUAUAAAUGUUCUGGCGACGGUCGAUGAUGCUCAUGAUCUUGGUGUAGUCAGUUGCGACUUUUCGGCGUUGCAAGAAGUGACCGGCAACGAGCCUUUUACAAAACUCUAUCAACUGGUAACCUGCGGCAACGACCACAAUGUGAAGCUCUGGGAAGUCCGGGUGGUCCAGGAGAAAUGUGACCUUCAACCAGCUGCUGCCUCGAUCGAACUUUGUAGAGUGAUGGAGAAGCACAGCAGUGCCUUAACGUGCGUUCGAUUCAAUUCUAAUGGAUUAUAUACUGCCAGUUGCAGCCUUGACAAGACUACCGUCAUCUGGGAAACAGGAACCGGUAGAAUAGCGGCUGUACUGACUGGACACAAUCGAUACAUUGCUUGCUGCGCUUUUUCUAGGGAUGGAAACUUGCUGGCCACUGGAUCAAACGACAAAUCUGUGAUCGUCUGGGAUCUCAUGGGAAAUCUGAAUUUAGAUUCAGAAUUGGUACGGCAUUGUUGUCCAAAAUUACAUUACACCGGCGAUCGCGGAGAGAAGACUCUACAAGAGGAUAAAGUUGUAAAGCAAGCCGAGAGUACCGAGAACGAGGUUAAACUAGUUCAGAGAUUGGACGAUCAUAGCGGAGCCGUAAACACUGUUGCAUUCUAUGGGAAUACCCUGAUAGCGUCUGGAUCUGGAGACAAACUGGUAAGAAUUUGGAGCGCCGUCGAUUCUCGGGAUACCGAAAUGGAUGAUAAGAAAUUCGAGGAGAAACACUUCAGCCCCUUAGAGUCCCACAAAUACAGCGUGAAUCACGUAGAGUUCAGUCCUUGUGGCAGCAUGCUGGCGUCAUGCUCCUUGGAUGGCACUACCAUUAUUUGGGAUGCUCAGAAGGGGGGCCAAGCCAGGGGAUCUUUCGUUAAUUCUGGAUGUGGAAUUCGUGUGUGCCGUUGGUCCCCUGACGGCAGGACGAUAGCCACGGCAGGGGACGAUGAGAAGACGACAUUGUGGGAUGUCGAAACAAUGGAAGAAUUACAUCCAAUUUGUAGAGUCUUCGAAGGUCAUGCAGACGCAAUAACGACGAUUGCAUUUACGCCAGACUCCAGAUAUCUUGUGACAGCCUGUAGCGAAGGCACCUGGAGGUUGUUUGACGUUACUAACAAAGAGAAUAGCUCCAGUUGCAUCGUGUGCGAAGAGGGACACGAUUUGGGAGUACAGGGAUGCGACUUCAGUCCUACCAUUGGUGCUCGUGAAUCGAACUCCAGCAGUGGGAGCGGAUCUUAUUUACUAGCGACUUGCGGUAACGAUUCUCUCGUUAAAUUGUGGCAAAUAAGCGUCACUCUCGCUGGUCCAAAGAGUGAGAAUAAUAUUGGCACUAGCGAUCCAGACACAUCGUACAGAGAAAAACGAUCUUUGGCUGGUCAUGGUGGAAAUGUUAUGAACGUUUGUUUCUCUCCUGUACACGGCGAGAUACUGGGCAGCGUUGCGACGGACCGAACAGCGCGUCUCUGGAGUGUCUAUUCCAGCGUGUGUCUUCAUGUGCUGGAAAGUCAUGAUAGUCUCGUAACAGCUUGUGCAUUCUCGGAAGAUACGACACUCUUUCUAACAGGUGCAUUGGAUAAGACUGUGUUAAUUUGGAAGCUACCGCAACAAUUAAUAUCUCAGACUAUUUUAGUAGAUAGACUAAGACACAAUCGAAGACGGGUUAUCGAUUGGAAAUUGAAUGAGAUCGUGAAAUGGCUUAAGGAAAUUGAAUUAUCAAAAUUAACGGAAAAUGCUGACAUUUCUUCAUUGACUGGACGGCACUUGCUAUCUGCCCCAGAAGAGGAUUUGAUAUCAACUCUCGAUAUAGAGAAUGACGAAGAAGCUAUUGAGAGUUUCAAAAAACAAUUGUAUUGGUUAAGACGCGAGGAUAGUAGCAUAUGGGAAAUAACAGAUGAUACUGAAGUACCACAUGAAUUUUUAUGUCCGAUAACGCACGAGAUAAUGAAAGAACCAGUACAAUGCUCAGACGGAUUUACUUACGAACAGGCAGCGAUAAACGAAUGGUUCCUGAGUGGGAAGUAUACGAGUCCCAUGACAAACGCGCCUCUACUCGACACGAGUUUCACUCCGAAUAUUGCCCUGAGAAACGCCAUAUGUACCCUUCUUCAUGGGGAACAUCCGCAGGCUUAGAAAUUCGAGAAAAAUACUAAAAUUGAUAUCUCACGCACUUACGUGGAAUUUCCAAACGUGAACUUGUAACGUCACGUUGAUAAGGCGCACCCGAUUAGAUGUUAUGAGAGUGAUACUGUGAUGGCACUGAUGCACUGAACUCUAGAUUAUUUAAGAGAACGGGAUGGAAGAUGAUGAAGUAAGAGAUGCUAAGAGUGGACCAAUUAGAUGUGUAAAAGGUGGCUAUGGCAUUGGUAUAUUUUUAACAAAGCCGACAUAGGCUUCUCUGUUAGAUUCAUGCACAUCCUUGCAACUUUAGAAUCUACGUAAAGAAAGCUACCCAGAUACCUGAUGCAAGAGGUGACCAGUACAAUGUAUAUUCAAUCGUAGGAACGAAUAAUAUGAUUCUGUUUUCUAAUAUUUACCAUUGACUGAACAUUACUAUUGUGAAUAUUUCUACUCCGAGUAUUUGUGCCUAUAACGGUCUCGGCCAUCUUUGUCAAGCAAUAUAGGUCGGGACGUCUAACGGAUUCAAUUGUACUAGUCGAUUGUACUUAUCGAUUCCGAUGACGUUUACUGAAGUUAUGAAACUUUAAGUAAAUCAACAAAGAGAUGGUUGAUCUACAUUGUAAAGUAAUAAUCUAGGUUUCAACUUAUAUUAACAAACUUUUUUUCUCUCAUACAGAAUACUAUCGAAUUGAUCUAUGCUACUUUUAUAUGCCGGUAAUUAUUAUAUCGUGCAAUAUUAGUUUAAAGCUCACAAAACCUUAAAUAUUUAGAUUUGAAGAAAUUUUCGGUUUUUUGAAUAGUGAAUUAGGAUUUGCAAACGAGUUUUGUACGCACACUACACAUUACACGCCUGUAUGUAGGAAAACACUCGAAAUUGAUAAGGUUUCGAAAAUAUCUUUUUUUAUGUGUGCCCGCGGAAGCAACGAGAAAUUUAAGUCUGUACUUCUGUGGUAAAUCGAUAGGGUGUUUAUAUUACUUCGACGUUAUAACCGUAUUUUGAUGUAAAGCUUUCGUUGAGAGUAAAAUAAACUUUAAUAUCGUUGUGAGAUGUAA